AUGAAUUAUUAAUUUAAUUUAUAUAAAGUUAUAAAGUAAAAAAUUUUUUGUUUUAUAUAAAUAAAAAUACAUUAGUAAUUUAUUAUAUGUAAAAUAUUUUAAUCAAAAAUUGAUAAAUAUUUAUUUUAUAAAUAUUUUUUGAUAUAAUAUAAUAAUUAUAUUUAUUAAUAUAAUAAAUAUAUAUAUAUAUAUAUAUAUAUAUAUUAUAUAUAUAUAUUUAUAUAUUAUUAAACAUUUUAAAAUUAUUUAAUAAAAAAAAAUAUAAAAUAUAUAUCAAGUUUUAUUAAUUAAAAAUUAUUAUUUUUAUAUCCUCUUUUCAAUUAAAUAUUAUUAUUUUUAUUAUUUUUUAUAAUAAUUAGAAAAUAAUUAAAAAUUAUUUUUAUUAGAAUCUAUAUAUAUAUAUUUAAUUAAAAUUUUUUUAAUAUAUAAAUAUUUAAUGUCUUUAAAAAAUAUAUUAAUUUUUGGUGGAAAUGGAAAUUUAGGUUUUUUAAAGAUUUUUUAUUAAAAAAGUAACAUUAUUUUAAAAAUAAAGGUCGUUGCUUAAUUUCCAAUUUAAUAAAUAACUAUAGAAUUGCAAAUAUAGAUAUUAAAUAGAAUAAAUAAUGCUCUUUAAAUAUAUUAAUUAAUCCAAAUAUAUCAACAAAAGAACAAUUACCAUUAAUAAAAUAAUAACUAUAAACUUUUUAGAAAAAUAACUAUGAUGCUAUUAUAUGUAUAGCUGGGGGAUGGACAAGUGGUUCUAUAAAAGAUGAGAGAAUUUUCGAUACUUAUGAUAAAAUGCAUAUUUGUAACAUAUUGCCAUCAAUUAUGGGUAAAAAUAUUAAUAUUUAAAAAUAAUUUAUUAUUAAAAAAAAGCUGCUCAUUUAGCUACAAAUAUAUUAAAAGAAUCAGGAUUAUUAGUAUUAACUGGGGCAGGGGGGAUUUUAAAUAACCCUUGCAGUGAUAUGAUAGGAUAUGCACUUAGUAAAACAUCUGUACAUACAUUAGCAUCGAAAUUGGCUGUUUCUAAAGAUAUGCCGGUAUAAUCUCGUGUAAUAACUAUUUUACCGUAAAUAAUUUUUUUUUUAUUAUUUUUUAUUUAUUUAUUUUUCUAAUAGAAAAAUAAUUGAUACUCCUUAAAAUAGAUAAGAUAUGCCUAAUUCAGAUUUUUCUACUUGGGCUAAACCUGAUGAUAUAGCAGCCUUAAUAAGAAUGUGGAUAGAAGGUUAUAAUUUACCAUAAACUGGUGCUUUUGCAUUACUUAAUGUAAAAGAUAAUAAUAUAAAUCCAGAAUAUUUUUAUAUGUGAAUGUAGU